GAUGACAGACACCAUCAAGAAGCCGCCCUUUAGGAAAGAAAAUCCAUAAAAAACAACGUCCAACCCACCUUCAUUGCAAACCAUUCAAUUCAUACAUUAUAAGUAAAAGCUUUACACAACCCUCCUUCGCAUUCUGAGCUAGCUACUGUAUCCUACUUUUCUUUGCUUCCCAAGUUGCUUCAAUCUUUUUGAGACAAUGGCGGACAAGGUGGUUCUGUUGGAUUUCUGGGCCAGCCUGUUUGCGAUGAGGGUCAGGAUCGCUCUGGCUGAGAAGGGGAUCGAAUUCGAGUGCAAGGAUGAAGACUGGAGGAACAAGAGCGAGCUGCUUCUCAAGAUGAACCCGGUUCACAAGAAGAUCCCGGUUCUCAUCCACAACGGUAAACCGGUCUGUGAAUCCCUCAUCAUUGUUCAGUACAUAGACGAGGUCUGGAACGACAAGUCUCCGUUGCUUCCCUCUGAUCCUUACCAGAGGGCUCACGCCAGGUUCUGGGCUGAUUUCGCUGAUCAGAAGGUGUAUGUGGUUGGAAAGAAUUUAUUUUCCACAAAAGGAGAAGGUUGGGAGGCAGCAAAGAAGGAUUUCUUAGAAAUAUAUAAGACAUUGGAGGGAGAGCUUGGUGACAAGCCUUACUUUGGGGGUGAAAUAUUUGGGUUGAUCGACAUUGCUCUCAUCACAUUCUACAGCUGGUUCUACGUGUAUGAGACAUUGGGAAAAUUGAGCAUGGAGGCAGAGUUUCCCAAAAUCAUUGAAUGGGCUAAGAGGUGCCUGUUGAAGGAAAGUGUUGCCAAGUCUCUUCCUGACCAGAAGAAGGUUUACAAGGCUUUCGUGGAGUGGGACUAGAGUAAUGGUGACCUGUAGGCUGUAGCUCAGCCGGCCAGAAUUGCAUGUUUUUUUAAUGGUUGUCCUUUGAACUUGUUGGAUUGUCGUUUGGUGUCUCUUAAUUAUCGUUGAGUACGUCGAUGUGUCUGCUAAAUGUUUGAUGAAAUUGGAAUAAGAAAGACACUUUGUUGUGUCUGUUCAAUGUUUGAUGAAAUUGUUCCUUUCUACUAAAGAUUAAUAAAGAUGCUUUGUUCUCAAGUUCUUUCA